GCGAAUGGCAUGACUGCCCCCGCCGCCCCCCCGGCUGCGGUGUGCCGUGGUGAGGCGAGGAAUGGUUUUGCGAAGAGCAGCGAUGAAGAGGAAGCUCGCACUCUCCGAGAUGCAGUUGGUUCUUCUCGUUGUAUUGGUGUGGCUACCAACAAGAUCAGUGCUGGCUGACUCCCUGGAAGAUGAAGCUAAGAAUAACAUCACCAUCUUCACAAGAAUUCUAGACAGACUCCUGGAUGGUUAUGAUAAUCGUCUCAGACCUGGAUUAGGAGAUAGUAUUACUGAAGUCUUCACUAACAUCUAUGUGACCAGUUUUGGACCUGUUUCAGAUACCGAUAUGGAAUACACAAUAGAUGUUUUCUUCCGUCAGAAAUGGAAGGAUGAGAGAUUAAAGUUUAAGGGCCCAAUGAACAUUCUUCGAUUGAACAACUUAAUGGCCAGCAAAAUAUGGACCCCAGAUACAUUUUUUCACAAUGGAAAGAAAUCAGUGGCUCAUAACAUGACAAUGCCAAACAAACUUCUACGAAUCCAAGAUGAUGGGACUCUCUUGUACACCAUGAGGCUUACAGUGCAAGCUGAAUGUCCAAUGCACUUGGAGGACUUCCCUAUGGAUGCUCACUCAUGCCCACUGAAAUUUGGCAGCUAUGCAUAUACAACCUCAGAAGUGACAUACAUUUGGACUUACAAUGCUUCAGAUUCAGUGCAGGUGGCACCAGAUGGUUCAAGAUUGAAUCAGUACGAUCUUUUAGGCCAAACAAUUGGAAAAGAGACGGUUAAAUCAAGUACAGGUGAAUAUACAGUAAUGACGGCUCAUUUUCACUUGAAGAGAAAAAUUGGUUAUUUUGUCAUUCAGACUUACCUCCCUUGUAUCAUGACUGUCAUUCUCUCUCAAGUAUCAUUCUGGCUGAACAGAGAAUCUGUACCUGCCAGGACUGUAUUUGGAGUAACAACUGUGUUGACAAUGACAACACUGAGCAUCAGUGCUCGAAAUUCACUCCCCAAAGUAGCAUAUGCAACAGCUAUGGAUUGGUUUAUUGCUGUUUGUUAUGCAUUUGUAUUCUCUGCAUUAAUUGAAUUUGCAACAGUAAAUUAUUUCACAAAACGAGGAUGGGCCUGGGAUGGCAAAAGUGUAGUGAAUGAUAAGAAAAAAGAAAAAGCGUCUGUCAUUAAGAAAAACAAUGCCUAUGCAGUGGCUGUUGCCAACUAUGCUCCAAAUAUUACCAAGGACUCAGUGCUACCAACCAUCUCCAAGAGUGCUACAACUGCAGAACCCAACAAGGCAAAACCAGAAGCGAAGCCACAGGAAGCGAAGAAGACGUUCAACAGUGUUAGCAAAAUUGACAGAAUGUCUAGAAUAGUGUUUCCAGUCUUAUUUGGUACUUUUAAUUUAGUGUAUUGGGCUACCUAUUUAAACAGGGAGCCUGUAUUACUUGGCUUUGCGCCAUCAACCUAAAAGCUGAAUUGCACUGAGGACUUAAAGCAUCAUUCUAGUCAGAUAGGUUGUUUGCUAUGUACAGUACAACUAAUAACUGCUAAUCUGUGAACCAUUAUGUACAGAGUGUAUAUAGAUGUCUUAUCUGUGUAUCUCCAAAGGAGGGACGCAGUGUUAAUUCAUGGAUCUGUGAACAGAUAGCACCCAUGGCAAAUACAGCCAGCUCUUUUAAAGUUAAACCCAGGGGAGUUCUGUUAAACUAGGAUUCAGAUAUACAGAAUUAUAUUCUCUCCGUAAAAUGAAAUUAAGAUAUGAUCCUACAUAAUUAUUUAGGAACAGUAUUUUUUUAAUUUAAAGUUAAAAUAUUUUUCUAUGAAGUAACUAAUUCUACUUUAAUGAAAGAAAUUGUCAUUUAGCAAAGUGAUUUUUUUAAAAAGGUGUAAUUGUUUCGUACAAUAGCAGAACCCAUGUACAUAACAGAGUACGGAGGUCGUGCAGUUCUACUGUUCACAAACAUUCUGGAUACUAGUUAGGCUGAAGAGGUAGUUAAGACUAUUCUAUGCCAAAAGCCACAAGUUUCUUACUUCUGUUGGACGUUCUUAAUAAACUUUUCCAAAUGAUUUCAGGGAAAAGCAAGUGUUAAUCAAAUUUCCAAUAUGAACCAACUUCCACAAGUGAAACUCUUAUUCUUUUUACUGUUUUACUUAUUUGAUGUUGCUAAGCCAGGUUGCCUAGUUCAGCAAAAUUGGAUUAUUUUUCUUUUUUAUUUUGUCCUUAAUUGGAUUAUUGUCAGGUUCAUAAAAGCACUGAGAAAUUUUUCAGGGUUAAGUAUAUCAGUAAUAUAAUACACUCUUUUUCCUUGCUUACUGUUCCCCUAAAACCUGCCAUCAAAAUAUCUACCUGUAUUUGUCCGAGAAAGCAUUGUUUUCAAGCGAAACAAGAAUUAUGAUUUAAGUUCAGGAAAUUGUCCAUAAAAUAAACUUACUGCUGCUUUUGUAAAUUGCAACUUUACAUUUCGCUGACAUAACUUUACAACAACUUUGUAUACUAGAAAUGGUUUUGCAAAGAUUUGAAUGUUAUUUUUUUAAUAAAAGGUCAUGCAUCAUCAGUAGGUUUCAACGGUAUUUCAUACACACAAAUCUAACAAAAUUGGAGCUGCCAUUUGCAAUUUUAUAUGAACAUUUAAUACUGAUCCGUAAAGUUGUUUUUCAUCUGAGCCUUUGCAAUGAUUCUUUAUGCCCCUAAAGGCCUGGUAAAUCAUAAUUAAGAAUUGUGUACUGUAUUUAGAUUUUAGUAUACUUGGCCAAUCAAAAAUAUUUUGAUUCACAUAUACAUUAGCAGUUAUUAGUUGACCUUUAAAAAGAUACACCUUUAUGAUGAUGUCUUCUAGUAGAGACAUAUGUAGUCGUAUAGUGUCAUUUAUUGCAGUUUUGUACAGUACUUGAGUAUAGUGCAUAAAAUAGGUAUGUUCAGAGUUUAACAAAGUUGUAAAAAUAUUUCUAAAAUCAAAUAAAAGAGUAUCUUAAGACA